CGCACCAUUUCCAGCCUCAUGCAUGUCCACACUCCAAGGUGGAAGCCCCUCUGCAUCUCAACAAUCCCCUCAUUUAUCUGCAGCCUUUCCAUGUCAUUGCCACCCCAGAGCAGCAACCAGAGCUGCAGAUGUGGACACUGGAAAGGUGCUUUUUCAACAUGGAAGGUGAACAGAAACAAGAGGGCUGUGACAUUCCCAUUACUUGGAUUUCACGUGCAUUAGAGCUUGUCCCUGUAUUUGGCAGUGAAAAAGUGCCAUCCACUGUAUCUUCCACUACAUCACAAGAGCUUUAUAACUGUUUUUUUCUCAACCACUUUGCAGAUAAGGAGGUUUUCAAUACAUUCCAUGGAGUGGGGGUUCAGUUUGUUAGUGGUUCUGAUGGGGAAGCAUAGGUAGACUACUAUGACAAGUAUUAGAGUACUACAAAUUAUGAUUGGAUUGAAGUCAGAU